AUGGACUUGAAGCCGUGGAUCAUAGGGUGCAGGCGUCUUCGCGAGGCGAUUAAGAAGAACGACCUCACCUGUUUUGAGUCGGUGUUCGACGCCGACAUUGCCGUGCUACCUAUAAUCACGACGAUCGGGCCGCUUCCCGGGGUCCACUGCAGCGUCGUCGUGGUUCUUCAGCCCGGCGACUUGCUGAAGGCCGUCGACGUCGACAGCGAGACCUCGUUCCGCCACCUGGACCCGAAGACUGCAAACCGGCUGCAUUCGUCUGAGGCGCUCGUCGUGCUGAGAACUAGCGGUCAUGUUGGCGGCGGUGGCGAGGCCGACUUGGUAGGAGAAGAGGAGCAGAGGGCAGGGUCUGUUGAGUCAUCUACUGACUCAGAGUCAGAGUCGGGAUCCGAGGAGGAGGAGGAGGAGGAGGAUGAAGAGGAGGAGGAGCGUGCAGGGAAGAUGGCUGUUGGUGCUGAGGCGGACACAGACGCCGACCGCGGUGCUGGUCGCGACCCGACGUCGACCGGCGGGACAGGCGCAACUGCAGCGUUGGCUGGGGACAAGCCUCGUAGGAAGGCGCCGGUGCAUGGUCAGCCUGCGUCGACCACAUCUUCAAAGUCGGCGUUUGCAGCCGCACUUGCUCACGUGAAGCGACUAGAAGAGGAGAACAUGAAACUGAGGGACGAGAAUGCGGGGCUGCGGUCGGAUCUGGUUACCGAGAGGUGUCGGACGGAGGGGUUGUUGGCGACGGCGGCUGAGUGCCUCGCGGCUAUCAAGUCGCUUACCGAACGCGUCGCCGCCGCCGAGCAGACUGCGGGGACACACAUCUCCACAGCCACAGCAGCCAUGACCGGCGUCUUCACCAAGGUGCUGGACGAUCGGGUUGCUCUGGUCAAGGCGUGCAGCAGCAUGGCGACGCCGUUGUUGGGGGAAAUCACAAAGGGCUUGGACAAGCUGGCCGUCGCCCGCCGUGAUGCCGACGUGCGGUUGGGGAACCACGUGACCAGAGUGGGGGAUGACGUUAAGGCGGUGUUGGCCGAAUACAUCCAGACCAAGUUAGCCUCAACUUCCACCAACAUCGUCGGCGGCUUAUCGCGCAGCAUCGUGCCGCCCCCGCCCGGUCCAUCCCCCGCGCUGCCUGAAGAAGUCAUCAAAGCAAUGAGGGAUGACAUUGUUCAGGCGGUAACCGCCGUCACGCAGCAGGCGCUGGGAACCGUCGGCUUCACGCUUCUGCCCAACGUGCUUGCUACAAUGAGGCUGGGGCGGCGUGGUUCGUCCCCGUCGGCCGGCGACCCGGAGACCGCGCAAAGGCAUAGGCCGGAAAAAAGGGCUGCCAGCGGAAGUGCAGCCGACGGCGACAACGCGGGAAAUUCGAAGCGGAGUAAAGGUGUUGGUGUGGAGCGAGCAGUCGGCGGCGACGUUCCGGAUCGUGCCCAGUCUGGUUCUCCCGUCCUCGACAUGCUGAAGAGAAAAGGGGCGACAACUCGGCUCCUUGGCCCGCAUAGUAGAGGCGGAGCUGGCGGCAGCUCGGAGGGCAGGACUGCCGCCGAGGAGGGUGUGCGAGCCGGCGGGUCUUCCACUCACGGCGGUGGAAGGAAAGGUUCGGAGAUUCCACGUCCUGGAGCAAGCAAGGUAGCACCACCGCCGUUCUAUCGUGGUAACGUCGCCGUUGAAUCGGUUGAAGUGCAGGCCGACGCGGCGAUAGGCGUUGAUCGCGGGCCGCCAUUCGAUGUUGAGGCUCCGUCAAUCGGCGAUCAGACUCACCAGGCUCCUGUGGUCGGCGUAGGGGUGGACACGGGCGCCCUCGGCGCGGAGGAUGAUCCCGUGGCGAGAGCGUUGAUGGAGGAGCUUCUUGCUUUUCAGGCGCCAUCGCAGCAGCAGCCCGUCACCAUCGACAACGCCGCUGUCCCAACAACUCGCCGGGGGGUGCAACCUGUCGCCGGUACAGCACCAACAGCCUCGGUCUCGGCCGAUGUCACCGCGCGUCACACGGCAGCACCAUAUGGUGAUCCACCGACUGGUGGGCCCGUCGCAGCGCCAGGCACGGGGCAAGACAACGCCGGUGAGACCCUCACGGACCCGGUCGCGGCCAUGCUUCUGGCCGCGAUCAACUCGUUUCAAGAGGCGGCACCUUCAUCGCAUCCGCCAACUACUGUCACCAGCGCUGCGCCGACCAUGCAGCUCCCUGCCGCUGUUGCCACGCCGUCGAACCCAGUCUCGGACAUGCUGAUGGCCGAGGUCAACGCGCUUUCAGCAAGUGCACAAUCCGCUCAACCGCAGACUCACGGCACGCGCACUGUGCCGACCACGGUGAACUUGGCGGAGCCCGUACACCAAGAAGCGGCAAACGAGACGGUUCCAACGGCGGUGCCAAUGCAUCACCAGGUCGGCGCGGCGUCUGGACAAGGUGAUUGGGGCGCGGUGGUAGGAGACGAUGGUGCGGGGGAGAUCUCUCUCAUCAUCGAGGACGAGGAUGUGGAAUUGAUACAAGCGGCGAUAGAAGCAGACGAAGUUGCCGCACUUCGGUCUGUGGGAGGUACGUCGGGCAUCAGUGGCGUGGAGGGUCGGCCUGCCGGUGUUACAGCGUCCACCCAGGCCGGGCCGACCGUGCAGCCGGCCCGUUUGGCUGUUCCGCCCAUUCAGAGUCAUCCUGCCGGCUUCAUACAGGUGGAUAGGGCCUUCCAGACCGGCCCGAUCAGCGUCACUGGUUCUGACCAGGCUGGUCUGGCGGGAGAGUCCACUCGGCCCACCGCCGUUACAGUGGCUAGUCAGGCCGGCCAGGCCGGGCCUUCGGACAGGUUGGCGGGCGUCACUGUUGCGGACCUGGCGGGUCAGGCGGGGACGUCCACUAUUCUGGCCGGUGGACCAGUGGGUGAACACGCCGACAAGGAUGGACAGACCGAUCGUGCGGCUGGAGUCGGCGAAAAAAAGAAUAAACGGAAGGGUAAAGCCGCCGCGUCGGAGAAGGCCGUCGUUCCGAAAGAUCGCAGGGGGCAUGGUAUUAGGCUGGACAGGACGAGCGGUGGCGGGUGGCAGGGCGAGGUAAACCUGGCUGGAAAGAGUCGCUACACGGGGAGAUCGGACGACAGGAUGGAAGUGGCGUACCUCAACGGCGUUGCGACGACCAUCUUCGACGGACACGCCAGCCAAGUCCUGUUGGCCGAAAUGACCGGCGUUAAAGCCGAAGAAAUGACACGGUGGAAGGCGGAGUGGGAGGAGGCAAAGGUGAUGCCGAAGGGUAUGUGGACGGUGAUGUGGUCCCGCGGCGCCACCAUGUUUCGUGCACGGUUCCAGAAAGUCCUCGCCGACUUCAAACAGAAGAAGUCAUCAGGGCCCCCGCUGAUGAAAGUGCUGAGGCCGGCGGUGUGGUUCGGCACUGGUUGGGAGCUGGCCAAGCGCAAGCAGCAGCUCAGCGACAUCAUCAACCGCGCUUGCUUGUGCGCGGCGUUUGGGCCAGUCGCGGCAGAUGCCGUCCCCAAAACUGGUGCAGACGCCAAGCGCAUAGGCCAAGCCGUCGCCGCUUCAUCCUGCGCCGUCUGGUGCUUCGCCGAGACCGCGGCCGAGGUCGGCAAUGCGGUGGGUGAAGCGAAGGCGGCGGCACUGCUGUGUGAAGCGAGCACCGAUUUUGCUGACACUUGUCACGACGUCGUGGUUGCGGUGCUAGAAACGGCGGUUGCAAGACAACCCGUCCUGGGAGAGGUCUCGUGCAACGUCACCGACGCACUGCAGAAGGAUGCUCUUCGGAAGGCGUGCAAGGGCUGUGACCCCACACCCGACGCCGAGAUUAUCGCGAGGGCGACUAUCGAGACCCUCGCUUUCUGGGGGUCGUGCAACGCCGGCGGCCCCCUUCACCGAGCACGCGGCAUUCAAGUGCCGCUGGACAAGCAGAUGGAAAAGGAUAUGGAUAACAGGGGAAAGAAGGGGUAG